GCUGGCGGUGUAAGAUGCGCGCACAAGGCUCGUCUGACGAUCUAAAGGAGGAGGAACGCAACCAUCAGCCUCCCCUCGGCGGACGCUCACGCGCUCACAUGGACCGCGCGCGCUCACAAGUCUUUUCACAGGGCACCUCGGAACAAGUGGCUUGCUUUCUUCUGCCUCGAAGGAUGACUUCCCGCUCUUGAUGCUGAGGACCGGUCGGCUAAAGAGAGACAAACCAGCGAGAAAUGAAGAUGGACCUCUUGAACUGUUUGGCUCUUCUGUUAGUUUGGCACGCGCACGCGGUCAGCGGGAGACAUGCAAACUGUCUCUUUCUGUAUGAGCUGCAGAUGGCUGAGAAGGAAUGUUUGGACAUGCUGACGGACGAGCUGCCUCCGCACACUAAAGGUUGCAGGGGAAAUUGGGACAAUAUUUCUUGCUGGCACCAUGCCGAUAUCGGAGAGGUGGUCGUCAACACCUGCCCAGCAGCCCUAAAAAAUUUGUUCACCAUAGAUGGCAUCAUUAGCAGGAACUGCACAGCAGAAGGCUGGUCUGACGUGUAUCCCAGCAUCAACAGCGUUUGCUUUGAGCCCCCCCCGGACGCAGCCAAGCUUCUUUUCUACACGGUGAUGAAGACCCUUUACACUCUCGGACACAGCCUCUCUCUCAUAGCACUCAUCACCGGCAGCACCAUCCUCUGUCUGUUCAGAAAACUCCACUGCACCAGGAACUACAUCCAUCUGAACCUGUUCUUCUCGUUCAUACUGAGAGCCAUCGCUGUGCUGGUCAAAGAUGCCAUUCUGUUUUCCCACGAUAAUGCAGAAUGUACAAAACAGCCUUCGCUGAUUGGUUGUAAGGCCAGCCUGAUCAUCUUCAACUACUUCAUCAUGGCAAACUUCUACUGGUUGCUGGUGGAAGGGCUGUACCUACAAACUUUACUGAUGGUCAUCUUCUCUGAGAACAGACACUUUAUAAUUUACCUCCUUAUUGGCUGGGGAUUCCCCACCGUGUUUAUGAUUCCAUGGAUUGUGUGUAGGAUUUACCUCGAUGACACAGGAUGCUGGGAGAGAAACGACGCCCCGAUUCCCUGGCGGGUGAUUACCUGGCCAAUCAUGGCAUCUGUCAUUCUGAACUUUAUUCUAUUCAUCAGCAUCAUUCGAAUCCUGGUUCAGAAACUGAGGUGUCCUGAUGUCGGUGGAAACGAUCAAUCCCAGUACAGGAGGUUGGCCAAGUCCACACUUCUCUUGAUCCCUCUGUUUGGUGUCAACUAUGUUGCUUUCGUUUACAUAGAAGAACAUGGAGAGAUGGACCACUAUAAAAUAUUCUUUGACCUUGGUCUGGGAUCUUUUCAGGGCUUGGUGGUUGCGAUAUUGUACUGCUUUUUGAACAGUGAGGUCCAGAGCGAACUCAAGAGGACGUGGCGGAGUUUGCGUUUAAAGCGGUACAUUGGUCGCGACUACCGUCUGCACAGUUCAUCCAUAUCCAGAAACGGCAAGGAAAACAUGACCCAGUUCCAUCGGAACUCCAGAGCCCAGUCUUUCCUACAGACCGAGACCACCGUGGUGUGAGGCAUCCAGAAACGGCGCUUAAUGAAUCACGCUCAUACUUCACUGCCCCUCGGCUAACAACUCAGUAUUUUUCAAAAGCUUUACGCUGAAGAGGACGAGGCUUUCUGAACCAUGAGAUUGACAUGCAGGAGACACGAUGAGGACUCAGCAUCUCUGAGGCUCAACGCUGGAUUUCAGAACCUCGUUUCAAGGCAAAUUCUGCUAUAAACCACCAAAAUAGCACAUUAAACCAAACCUAUUUGAAUGGGAUAAUAUUGGUGGCAUUAAAAACUCCAGUUCAAAACUCCAAUAUACAUUGCUUUUUGUAAUAAUAACUCUUUAUUGCAUUAGGGUCAGAUUAUAUAAUAGCGUUAUAUAAAUGCUACUUAAGGCCUACAGCAAUUUUCUUAGACGUUCAUGAAAACUCAACGCCAUGCUAUCAACACAUGAAAACUCAACUGCCUCACCAAGAACAUGUCUUGGAUGACUGCAAAAAAGUGGGUCACCUCUAUGCCAAACUCAAAUGUGAGGUUUUAUAAAGAGGACAAUACAGCCAGAGGUGUCCACAUUAGCCAGGAGAAUAUGUCUUACUUCAGAAACUGUAAAAAUCAGACGUGCAUUUAAUGAAAAGUGGUGAUUGUAAGAAAAAGCAAAAAUUCUUGCACUGAUAUUGAACUGUUUUUACAUCUGCAGCAUUACAUAAUGCCAUUUUGUCAUUAUACAACCCCUCGGAUUUUUUUCUUCUUCCUCUUUCAUAUCUUGAAGAAAAGCCGCAGUAUGAAAAACCAAAUACAAGACGAUACUUUUUCAAAGCUGUGUAUAUUCUAGCAUGUGAAUGUAAUUCAUUAUUUGAGGAGAUUCGGUGUAGUCUUAUGAAUGAAAUGACAUGUGGGUGGCAUAAAUAUUACGUUUGCCCACAAAAAGAUGUGUCCAGUGAUAAACCAAACCACGACUCGCUGUUAUUACACCGCAAACUCUUUUAUUUCAUAUCCAACUGAUCAGUAAUUUCAAUAGAAGGUGGUGACUGUGUUUCUGAUUAUUUCUGCUUUUGUGUUGCCGUGCCUCACAUUGUCAGAGGUUUGGAAAAUUGUACACUGCAAUGAAUCCUGCUGUCUGUGCUCUUUUCAUUCAACUGAAAACAGAUAAUUAAUCCAGUAGACAGUUGGAUGCAGAUUUAGGUCAAGUGAACUGACAAAACAGCGAGUGUGAAGGCGUAUGAAAGUGACAUUUCAGUGUGAGCUGUGCUCUGCAAACAGAUUCUGGGAACUGCGGUCCAGAGACUUCACAAUGGGUUGGAGAGGAGAUCGGAUCUCUUACAGCCAGGCCUGAAGAGCGAGAGGUCCCCGGGACACCACGUGCGAGGUUGCGUUCAUUUAAAGUGACACAGAUGCCACGGGCAGGGGCAUUCAGCAUCAUUAUCAGACUGUCAAAGGGAGAAGAAAAGAUGGAGCUUUAAUUAGAGCUGGCAGAAAGGAAUUGUGGGUGGUUGACUGAAUUAAAUAUUGAAGGAGUUUAUUGCGGAGGACAGUUUGCCUUCAUUUUGAAAAACGGACGUGUUUAUUUGACAAAUGCAUUUAUGUACAAGCAGAGGCCAUAUUGUUGUGCACUUCUUGUUUAUUAUAUUUAACCAUCUGCAAUUGUUCUCAGUUUUUGCAGUUCUUGCAUUUCUGCUGAAUGUUUCUUGAUAUUUUUCAUUAAAUGUGACAGUUGUUUUU